UCCUCCCUAUUUUCCAGCAAUCCUGCAGACUGAUUUCCAUCUCGCUUGAACACCCGAUACUUCGCUUCUCUUCUGUCCUGUCUUUGCCUUGGAGCCCUUCUGAAGAGGACUUGCAGAAUCCAGCCGACUCCAGAAAGAUAUAAUGAGGACAUCUCUUCAAAAUUUGCUCUUAUCUGAGACAUUCUGAUUCCUUCAAUGCUGGAAAAAAGGAUGUCAUUAUAUGCUCCUCUUCUGCAUGUAAGGCUUUUUAAUGAGAAGGCAGACAUUUAUAACUGACGCUAUGGAUGAGUGAUGUGAACGACCUCCUUAGGAUACCACAGACUCUUAACUUUGUCCAUAAUGUGUGAUCAAGUAGAGAAAGUUGGUGACCGGGAGUUGAGGAACAACAACCAGCAGGGUGCUGGUGAUGCAAAUGCCAACAGAGUUCAGACAGAGGAGGAUGAUGGGAGAACUGGACAUACUGGCUCUCUGUCAGGGAUAAUGACUGAGACAGCAGAGCAAGACAAAGUCGUCAUCUGGGGCACAGAUUCUCAGUGUGACGACCCUGAGCUGGCUGAGUUUGAGAUGUUGGAGUGCCAGGAGUUGGAGGCUUAUUUGGUUGAGGAUGGGGAAGAUUUUGUCGGGAUCAUAGAAAGGAAGAGACAUCAAGAGGAGACCUCACCGUGCAGUAACGCCACAGAAAAACAGGCAACAUGCGGUACAAAUCGUAAAGGAAUGAAGUCGGUUGUGGAUGUUGCUUGUGAGCAGGAAUCAUCAGCAUCUCAUGUCUCUGAUUCUGAUGUUUUUGUGACCUGCUUGUCCACCACUGCUACUCCGACGACAGACUCCUGGCAUGUUGCCCCUGGUAACCACUCUGCCCUCUCAGAGGAUCUUACUGUGGCCUCCCAAACCUGUAGCAUCGUCUCUGAGCGAGACAAAGCCCCCCAAACAGCUGAUCUCUCCUUGUCAGCUAGAAAAACCUCAACACACCAGCAAGAUUUAGACAUGAAUUUGAAUUCGACGCCUCACCCAGAGAUUAUUGUACCGCAACAGCAAGUGGAGAAUGGUGUCUUAAGCGAGGAUGUAAGCAACGAGCAGAACACGGAUAAUAACCAGAGGAAUGUGGAAGGAAAAACCAUUUCAAAGGGAGAUUGUGAUUAUACAGACCACAAAGCUUUGUUCUGUGUAGAAAGCAAAACUAAAAUGGAUAAAAGCACACAAGCCAGUGAAAUCCUUGAGUUGAUAAAACCAGUCAAAGGUGGUGCAAAAGCAACUCAGCCAUCAAGUGAACCAAGAGCCAUAAGAAAACAAGGCUCAUUUGAUAACGGUCUAAAGAAGCAAAACUCUUUUGACAGGAGUUUCAAAAAGCAGCCAUCCUUUGAGAAUUCUUUGAAGAAGCAGCUUUCUUUUGAUAACAGCCUGAAAAAGCAGGGCUCCUUUGAGAACAGCUCCAGCUUGUCAUCUCAGGAGCGGAGGAAAACAUGGGGAAGCCCUGGUCGGUCUGUAGCCGCGGCAACUCCCAAACCUACCUCCUGCUCACCCAAGAGACAACCGCCAGGUUCUCCAGCUAAAGUCCAGGGCACAAGGGUUUUGAGUUUGGAAAGAAGUGCUGCUUUUCAAAAAACUGUCGGUCAGAUCGUCAGACUUCCGAAUAAAAUAAACAUAAAUAGUGGCAUUCCCAAACCCAUCUCUCAACAGAAAGAAAAUGAACCCAAAAUUCCCCCUCUACCACAGAAGCCCAAAAAUGUGAGACCAAAAAUCAUUACAUACGUUCGAAAAAGCACACCAGCAAAAUCACAAGACACCAACACCCAGUCUGAAGGGUUAACAAAGGCAACUCAACCACUAUCUUCUUCUGGUGCACAAGCUGAGAGGGAGUCAAAAGGGGUUCCUCAAUCCAGAUCCACUCCGGUGCUCAGCUCCUCCAAUGUACUGUUCGACAAAUAUCGACAGGAGUUGCAGAAGGCAGGGUACUAUCCGCCAGGCGCAGCUCCGAUGGGUGUGAAACCUCCAUGGAACACCGCACCUCAGAGGGUGAGCGGGAAAUCAGAGAGCUUUCAUGAAGAAAUGUCGAAGAAAUACGCCCAAGAGCAUCUUUACCAAGACGGUGGAGGUGUCUAUCGUUCACCUCGAACUCUGAGGCCUCAGCUAGGUUUAGGGGCAGUCACCAGGCAGCCCGCGGCCAAGACAAGAGUCCCACAGAUGGGUCAGAGGUCAGCUCCACUAUCCUGCCGUGCAGCAAGCGUGUCCACCCCAGGCCUCCAGGACCAAGCAGGUCCAGAAAUCACUUCCAAAUCUGUCCUGUUGAAGUCGGGCCAGUCCGGUCUCCGUCCUCCAGGCUUUUCCAGCCUUCCAGCUGCUCGACUAGCUGCUUUAGGCGUCAUACGCAGCUCCAGCGCCUCGUCGUUGUCCAGCAGCCAGUCCAACGACAGCUGUCACAACGACCAAUGUCACCAUCCCUGCUCUGGCGGUGAUGAAACACUUCCACACAAAGCCGUCAUAGACAGUGAAAUCUCCCUGGUUCAGGGCCGGGUUCAGCCCUCCAGCACUACGAGCCUGCAGCAUCGUAACCUAUCACCCCAACAUGGCUCCUCCCUUGUGUCAAGGACGGAUCUGCAGAAGGACACACAGGCUGUGCUCUCACCAAGAUCUUCCCCUAAAAGAUGUGCUGUGGUUCCACCAAAGCCACAAUCACCCUCUCGCGGUCGAACAGCAGCAGUUCCUCGGACAGGACGGUCUCAGGAAGUGGACCGGGCUCUGAUCCAGCGGCUACAGGAGCGAUGUGAGCAGCAGGCCCUGCAGCUGCAGACUCUCCAGGUCCAGCUGAAGAAGGCUUCUCUGUGCCUGGAUGUUUUCAGCAUCACCACUCUGCACUUUUGUGAUAAGAAUGAGAGCGCCAUUGUAAGAGAGAGGGAGCUGUCCCUGGAGCUCGGCAGAAUCAGGGAUGAAGUGGCUGUCAGUGUCGCGCACUGGGAGCAGCUGCAGCAGGAGAAGGAGGAUCAGGAGCACCGUUUUGAGGCUGAGCUGCAGGGGCUGCGGGCUCAGCAGCGGAGUGAGCUGGGAGCGCUGGAGGAGAGGCUGAAGGCUCAGCACGCAGAGGAGACUGAGAGCCUGCAGGGCCAUCAGCGAGCUGAGCUGGAGGAGCUACAGUUCAGACACCAGGAGCAGCUUGAGGAGAUGACAGAGAAUCAUGAGGCAUCCUUGACAGAGAUGGAGACAGCCCACAAUGACACUUUAGACACUUUGCAGGAGGAGCAUGCAAGGACAGUAAAGAAUCUGAAAAUGGCUCAUGAACAACAGAAAAAGUCUCUAGAGGAAGAGUUUGAGAAAAUCAGACUUUCACUCCAGGAUCAGGUGGACACACUUACGUUUCAGAACCGCAGCCUGAGAGAUCGUGCAAAACGCUUUGAAGAAGCUCUUCGUAAGAGCACAGAUGAGCAGAUAGUUGAUGCUUUGGCUCCAUAUAAGCAUAUUGAUGAGGACCUGAAGAGCCUUAAAGAAGUUCUGGAGAUGAAGAAUCAACAAAUUCAUCAACAGGAGCUGAAGAUUUCUGAACUGGAGAAAAUACAGGCUGAAAAGAAUGUGCACCUGGAGGAGAGACUGCAAGUGUUGCAGCAGCAGAACGAAGACCUGAGAGAGCAGAUCGACAAGAAUCUAGCUGUGUCCAGGCAACUCUCUGAAGAGAACGCCAACCUGCAGGUGCACGUGGAGAUGGAGAGCAAAGAGAAGAAGCGUCUGAGUCGCACCAACGAAGAGCUGCUGUGGCGUCUGCAGACAGGCGAGCUGAGUCCACACAUGACCCCCAGCUCCUCCCCCAUCCACCACCCAGCCUCUGGACCGGGCUCCCCCGCCCGCCCGCACUCCUACCACCAGUGACUGUUUGUACCAAACAU